AUGCCCGAACCCGCCAAAUCCGCGCCCAAGAAGGGCUCCAAGAAAGCGGUCACCAAGACCGCCAGAAGGACCAGGAAGGAGAGCUACGCCAUCUACGUCUACAAGGUGCUCAAGCAGGUCCACCCCGACACCGGGAUCUCCUCCAAGGCCAUGAGCAUCAUGAACUCCUUCGUCAACGACAUCUUUGAGCGCAUCGCCUCCGAGGCUUCCCGUCUGGCUCACUACAACAAGCGCUCCACCAUCACCUCCAGGGAGAUCCAGACCGCCGUGCGCCUCCUGCUGCCCGGUGAGCUGGCCAAGCACGCCGUGUCUGAGGGAACCAAGGCGGUCACCAAGUACACCAGCUCAAAGUAAAAAGCUCUGCUGUUGUCACACCAACCCAACGGCUCUUUUAAGAGCCACUCACUACAUCUGGAGAGCCAUGUUCCCUAUUCAUAUGAAGUUUGCCACAUAAACCAUACCGAAUGUGGUUUUAAAUGUACUGAAAGUACCAAGAUUAAGUUAUAAGACAAACCAACUUCACUUUAAAGAC